AGUGAAUCAACCUCCGUCAUCAUAAAUCUUCAACAACAAAAUAAGAGAUCGCCAAUGUCUUAACCCAUAAAAACUUGGAACCUCGGACCCUAUUUUUUUCGUUCCAUACAUAUUCUUUGAUCAUCAUCGCUCCUCAACCUUAUUAUUAUUAUCAUCAUCAUUCAUUCAUUACUCAGCAUUUCAUCAUCUCACUCUCACCCAGCCGGCACUUUAGUUAUACUGCACCAACUAGAAAAAUACGUGUAAUAUUGUGUCGAUCACAACCAUCACCAAGAAAAAACAUGACUCGGUCAACAUUCACAACUAUCACACCCUUGCCCUCAGGCAUAUCCCGAGAGCAUGUAGUCGAGUUUCUCCACGAUCAUCUCGCCAUGAUCGACUUGAAUCCCCUCAUUAUAGAACGCCACCAAAUCCCUCCUCCGCCACACGCCCCGGAGGAUGAGAAGAAGUGUGUAUGGUACUCCAUGACGGACCGUAUCGACUAUCUCCCCGGCGGUCUUGUCUCCGGCCAGGUCUCUUACACCGCGGCCUUCUUCGACUCUCCUGAUGGUCUGCAGACGCACAGCUACGCUCCUAUGGGGCUUGAUCUCCGUGGGCGUUGGUCUGUAGGUGGCACGAUGCCAGGAGAGCGCCCGCAGCCUGUUGAGCUUGGUCUUGGGGCGCCUACUACGGGUCUUUAUCUCCGUGAGGAUGUUGAUAUGCGCUGUAACAUGCUCAUGGCAGGGUUUGUCAAGAAGACUAUUAAGAAGUCACACGGGACACUGGUUGAGAAGUUAUCUCAGAAGACCUCCAUGAAGAUGGCAAGGCACUCUAUGCAAAACUUCGGGACCAGCUCCCCAGGAAGUCUUCAAACACCAACCCCUACAGGGUCUGAAUCCUCAGCAGUACCGCCUAUGGGGCCGCUUCUCCCACCUGCCGUGAGCAAUGACCAGCGCGGGUUUGCCCCGGACCUAUCUUCACCACCUGCCUAUGGCCACGGCACACCCUCUUCCUCUUCAAAUAUGAGCAACAUGCAUCCGCAGAGAAGCGGCGGAAUGGUACCCCCUGGACAACCUCAACGGUUAGAUUCGAAUCAGUCAAGGCUUGGUCAUGCAGGAACUGUCUAUCGUGGCAACAGUAGGACUGAUCAUUACACCGAGUUCUCAGGUCAGAACCCCUAUGAUAGCUCACGGACUCCAUACGAUGAGCGGGAGAACUUUGCAGAAUUAGACGAUGGCACCCAUAACCAUCCUCGCCACUACGAAGAAAACUCAGGGCCCGCAGAGCUAGCUUGAGGCUUGCAUGCGGCAGCAUAACAUCACCGAUCUAUGUUUCUCUUUGGUUUGGAGCAGGGGCGUUACUUCUAGCCUAGACUAUUAUGUCUAUCUUUUGAAUAUCACAUCAUAUCAGGUACGAGCGGAGCACAUUGACAAUAUACAGAAUAUCGGACGCAGCUUUAAUGAGCAUAAUGAUAAAAUUACGUUGAGUACUAUACGUAUUCAUAUUAUACCAACGAUAAAAAUCAUCUCCUAGCAAUGCAAAUGCCAUCCGAAGCUCCCCUUCUAUCAAAAAGCCCCAAAAGAACAAAAGAAAUCCCCUUCAAUGUGAUUUACCCAACCCCGGGAAACCCUUUUAGUGGGGGAUGGGAUUCACAAAGAAGAUCACCAGCUCCAAGCCCCUGAACAGAUGGUCUCUCUUCCUCAUCCCUCCCUUGAUCAAUCUACACCCAAGCUUCUAGUGUCUGAGACAUGAGUGGCGUUUGAACAAAGAGAUGGGAGUAACAAGAGUCUCCACUCUUCAACGGUCUAAAUGCGAGUGCAUGAUGGCCCAAAGAAGUCAAAAAAAAGGUUGUCAUUAAUACGUUGGUGAUGAGAAGCGAAGCGAAGUUUCCGUUGAGCGCUCGUAAUGAAUCAUAGCGUUGUGAGCCGUAAAGAUAUACCAGUCUCAGACGAAAGGUGGCAAGCUGACGAGCAGGUACUCGUUUUCGGAGACUGAAGAUACUCGUGAGAGAGUUUGCUUGUCUUUGCGAGCUUACAAAGCAAUGAGGCCGAGCAUGGCAGCCAGGCCGAGACCGACCUGGACAGCACCGGCGCCGGCAACGACGACGGGAGUCUCGGGGACAUCCGUACCCUUGGCGGGCUUGGUGGCCUCAGGAGCCUGAGGGCCGGUGGUCUUGGCGGUAACCACAGGGUGCUCGGGCUGGGCAGGGUGCUCAGGCUGCUCGGGCUUGGAGGGGUGCUCAGGCUUGGGGGGAGCAGGGUGGUAGGGCUUGCCAGGGAUCCAAGUAGGGCCCGCGGGGUGAGUCUCAGUGACGGUGCAAGGGCAGUCAGUGAUGGUCAGAGUGCAAGGCUCAGUGACGACGUAGUCCUUGCCUCCGAGGUGGAAGCUGGUAGGACCAGCGCAGACAGUGGUGUAGACAUCGUACACACUGGUGACGGUGACGGUGCCGUUCUUGACGCCGGUAGGCUGAGGAGCAGGAGAGACAAUGGCGGCCUCAACAGCGGCGAAGCCAGCAAGGGCAACGAGAGCGGCGGUGUUGAAUGAGUACAUCUUUAAUGACUUGUUUGGUUGUUUUGGGACUUGAAAGAGUGAGUUCCGGAAGAGCGAAUGCAAAGUUUGUUGGGGUGAAGGACAGUGGUCAAGCGAGUGACUUGGGCGAGGUUUGUUAACGAGUGUGGGUUGCAAAGAACGAGAAAGAUGCUGAGUGCUGAAGAAGAAGAAGAGAGUGUUGAUGCGGUUGACGAGGCUGCCUUAUAUCUGUAAGUGAAGCCUCAGAGUCAGACACUGGCCAAGAAGAAUCAAUGUGUUUAUCUCGGCUGCCCCCCCUUUGUCUGGACCUGUCU